AUGCCUAGUUUUAAUCAACCUCAACCAGCAUGUAACAAAACUAAAGCAGUUUUAAGUUUUUUGUGCCUAUUUGAUGGAUUACGCAAUCCCUCGAUCAGAAGAUUAGUUAGAAAGCCUCGUACUGUAAUUCAAAGACCAUUAUUAACAUUUGACCCCACUUAUUAUGCUCCGCAAACGAAACACGUGGUUCAAGAUGUUUAUCGAGCCGCAAUUCAAUGCCCAUGCGAAAUGAUUGUAGAUCCUUCCGCUCAAAAUGUUCUUGCUAUGCUACGAAAACACGCGUCAUCAAUGCCACCACAAAGAAUUUUGAUUCAUUAUUUUGGCCAUGGCUGCCAUCCUCCAACAGAGGACGGAUCCUUAUACUUCUUCUCUGAUGACAGAUCACGGUACAAGCCAAUCAAAGUGAUUACCAUCCUUGCAACUUGUCCUUGUCCAUUAUGCGUAAUUAUUGACGCCCCUGGCGCUGCUUGUCUCACAAAACACUUCGCAUCGAAAUCUGACUCGUUCAUCUUCUUUGCUUGCGCUGCUUCUGAGAUGCUACCGAUGUCUACUGAUGCACCACUUGAUUUAUUCUCAUCUUGCCUAUUAACGCCAUACGAAACCGCUCUUUGGUUCCACCGUCGCCAUCACAGCAAUGUAAUCGAGCAAGAAGGCUGCGCAACUCAAAAAUCUCCACAUAUAAUUCAAAAAUUCCUCGAAACUAUACUUGAAGCCAUUCUUUUCGAUUCACAGUCACAAUCAGUCUUCGACAAAUUCCAUUUAGACCCCAGCGUCUUUACAAUUACAAGAGGAUUCGUACUUGCGCAAAGAAUAUACAAUUCAUUCAAUUUACAUCCAUCAACAUUCCCUGAAUUGAAGAACAUGUCGAACCACGAUCUCUGGGGAAUGUGGGAUACCGCUCUAGAUUGUUUCCUUACGAUGCCAUUAGAAAGAUCUCUUUCAACAGUCUUCAAUUUAUUCUCAAAGUCAUUUGCGAACUUCCCUACAACAGAUACAUUACCGAUCUUCUCUUUCUUCAUGAAUACGGACUUCCACCGCGAUGCAGAAAAAAUUUUAUUAAAUUACAUCGACAAAACAGAGAAUGCGGCCUCAACAUUAGCGAGAACAUCGAUACCAGACAUCAUAGCAAUGUCGGAAAGACCAUCAGCAACAGCUUUAGUCAUUGUUGCAAAAACAAUUUCGGUAGAAAAAGUGACACCUUUUGAGAAUUACUCAUCUCUUACAUUUACGCAGUCUAAGGAUCCAGGAGUGUUGAAAGCCGGCUUUUUAGAUGUUUGUUUGUCGAUGAGUUUGUCAAAUUUAAACUCAUUUUCCAAAUUAAUGACGGUUUGCGUUGAUAAAGCCAAUGUAUGCUGUCCAUAUUCAGCUCUUUUGAUGGGAAUGCUUCUAAACAGAGCAUCAAGGCUGAUGCAGAUUCCAGAAUGGUUUUCUUCUUUUUCUCCUUUGGUAAAAUCAAGAAAAAGUGACGUCAGAGCAUCAAUUUGUUUUUUGAUGUCAAAUGCAAGAGAAAGAGAAGCGAUUGACCUUGUAAGGAAUAUGAUGGAUGAUACAAAUGCUGUCGUGAGAUGCCAGAGCGUUUGGUCAAUGGCAAAGUUGUUGAUUUCGAAUGAUGAAAUUGAAAAAAGUGAAUAUAUUGAAAAACUGAGAGAUAUGAAGAAUGAUGAGGACCAGUAUGUAAGAGAAAGUGUUGAUGUAGUUUUGCUGUGUUUGGAAAGUCAAAAUGAAGAAUAUCAGUUGCCUGAAGAUACAAUUCUCAUUCAGAGAUUGACUUGCAAUGUAAAUGCACUUGGAUUCAUGCAGAGAUUCGAAUCUGAUGCGUUUUUGUGCGAUCCAAAUGCAAAUAACAAAAAUAAUUGUUGA